AUGUGCGCAAUCUUGGGGCCAUCCGGCGCUGGCAAAACCAGCCUCAUGAACGUGCUGUGCGGCAAGGCCAACUAUGCCUAUGUCUCUGGGCGGGUCUGCUUCAAUGGCCAGGAAGGCAACUACGAAGACUACAAGACUGUGAUGGGCUUUGUUCCGCAGGACGACAUUGUGCACGAGGCCGGUACACAAUUCCAGUACGUUCUUCAGCCUAAGCCGCUUGCUGGGGCCGGACUUGCACUUCGCAAACCCUGCGCUGCCACUCCAGCCUAG